AAGGGAGAUAAUGAUGGUUGGACUGCAUUACACAGAGCUGCUUACAAUGGUCAUGUUGACGUCAUCAAGUAUCUGAUCAGUAAAGGAGCUGAGGUCAAUAAAGGGGAUGAUAAUGGCUCGACUGCAUUACACAUUGCUGCUAAGAAAGGUCAUGUUGACGUCAUCAAGUAUCUGAUCAGUCAAGGAGCUGAGGUAAAUAAGGGUAGAGAUGAUGGUUGGACUUCAUUACACAGUGCUGCUUACAAUGGUCAUGUUGACGUCAUCAAGUAUCUGAUCAGUCAAGGAGCUGAGGUAAAUAAGGGUGAUAAUGAUGGUCGGACUGUCUCACACACCGCUGUACAGAAUGGUCAUCUUGAUAUCACUAAAUACCUGAUUAGCAAAGGAGCUGAGGUGAAUAAAGGAGAUGGUACUGGUUCGACUGCAUUACACAUUGCGGUUAUGCAUGGUCAUCUUGAUAUCACCGACUAUCUGCUCAGUGAUGGAGCUGAGGUGAAUAAGGCAACACGAGACAAGUUGAAUACCAAGGACGAUACAGCACCCAUCCAUCUUGCUAUAAUACAUGGUCAUACAGCUAUCAUCGAAAAGUUGAUAUCCAAUGGAUGUGAUCUCAAUUUACAGUCAUCUGACGGCCAGACCUGUCUUCAUAAAGCUAUCAGAUUAUGCUACAAGAACGACGUGAUAGUUCAAAACACUGAUACACUCAGAGAGAUAUCCAACGAGUACUACAAUGGCGGGUUAUCUCCUAAUGAGUCCUUGGUGUUUUAUCUCAUUGAGAAUGGCGCCAAGCUAGAUGUAAAGGACGACACAGGCAACCUACCGAUCCACUAUGCCAAGGAUGAACUAGUCAGGCAGAUGAUAUUGUCAAGGUUAUCUUCAUUGGAUGAGGUAAAAUCUACAAGAGAACUCACUAAUAGGCCAUUCACCUCUCCCGAGGUUUCUGCAGAAGUAAAAAGUAAUACCAGUCAGGAAAUCAAACUACAAGACCAUGGGAUAUCGAUGUACAUUCCUCCUGGAGCAGUUCCACAUGAUGACUCUUGUCAGAUCACACUGGCCAUCAUAAGAGACAAUCCUGGUGUUGACAUCCCAGUAAGUGAAUCAAUGGCCUGCUGUGGGAUCAGGUGUGACCCUCCAACCGUGAUCUUCAACCAACCUGUUAAAAUAACUAUACCACACUCUAUCUUUGUCAUCAAUCCACAGCAGGUGAAACCAGACAUCGUGUACCGCGUAUGGGAUUCUGUGAGUGACCUACCCAAAACUGUCAGAAUGAGGUCAUCCAGUUCACCGGACCAACCACCGUACUCCGAAGUUUAUAAGAGUCAUCUUGAGCUGUACAUUGGUCACUGUGCUGAUUGGUGGGUUCUGAUUCCUCUUAAACAACAUGUGAUCCGACACCGGCUUCUAUGCACUCCAUACAUCCCAGACUAUAUACAGAGGGGGCAAGAGUUUGAGGUUAGCCUUCAUGUGCAUGCCGACAUUCCUGGGAUUGAAAUGGACAUACAAGAGGAGAAUAUGCAGCAGUUAUUCCGUAAAGGGCAUCGCUCUGUUCCAUUCAGCGUUGAAGCGAAUUUUAAUGACGUCACAUUGACUUGCUAUCAUGAGGAGGAACAAAUUGAAAGAAAGAUCCUUCGUUCCAAGGACAUUCGAACCAAGAUGAGUCAGAAUGUAAUGUUUGCCAUUUCUCCUCAAGGGGAUGAUGAAGACUUUACAAGAAUUACCAUCACAAUUACACAGGCCGGAAAUCUCGAAGUGUCACAAUCCAUUGUUUUCGUCAUCAGAUACACAGACAUGCCAGAAGGACGGACACACGAAUUAUUUUACGAGGCCACGUCCUUCGUCAGGGCAGUGGAAGAAGCCAAGCACAGUGACUUCCUAACAGACGCCGAUGUCCUUACAAUAGCCCAGACAAUGACCGUCAACCAGUUCUAUGAUUUGGGCGUAGCUCUUGGUUUUACCAUUGCUGAGUUAGAUCGCAUCGAGUACAGAAGAAUUAAAGACAGACAGCAGGCUACCUACGACAUGCUUGUUAUAUGGAGAGAGAGGCAACCGACUGUUCCUGAAGCAAAGAACAAGCUCAUCUUACUAAUGCAAUCAUUAGAUUCAACAACUGGACAUAUAUCUUUUUCAGACAUCGAAGCUACUCAGGAGAUUCCUGACACCACACUGCUAGCAAUUGCCCGUCAUAUCAGCGCAGAGAAGUUCUUCGACAUUGGCGAAAAACUCGGAUUUGACAAAUCAGAGCUACAGCACAUCGAGUACAGGACAUUAUACAAUAGGAAAGACGCUAACAUCCAAAUGCUCUCAAGCUGGAAAGCAGACCAAACAUCAUUACCUGAGGCAAAGGAGACAUUAAAGAGGGUUUGGGAGUCUGUAAAUCGAUCCUCUGAAGCACAUGACUUAAAAGGAGGAAAACGAGGAGAAGAAUCGAAAGAACAUGAGCACGACGAUCACCACCAUGGGGAAGAAAAUAUGGAGGAGAAGGACAUUGACCACUACGACGACAACGACGACGAAGAAUAUGGUGUUAUAGAUGACGACGAGACCUUUCAUGAACAAAUGACAGAUGGGAAUGAGUGCAAUGAGCCUGAAGUCUUGGAGGUCAUCAGAUAUGCAGAGUCAACAAUCCUAGAUGUAGAGGAGGCCGGUGAUGAUAAGGACCAAUGUGGAGGUUCACCGACUACUUGGGAAUUGUGCAGCGUCGCUCUACCGAUAACGAGUCUGUCUUUGGCGUGGGAAUUGGGUAAAGCUCUACGCGUAGAUGACGAAGACAUAGUGGGUUGUAUAACUCCGUCUAACCCUGCACCAAUGAAGAAACUAGCAAGGCAACUCCUCAAUAGAUGGAGAAAACGUUUAGAAAGCAAUGAAAGGGAAAAGAAGAUAACAAAGAUUCUUCAUGAUUACAACAUCCAGGACGGCAGUAAAGGUCUUGAAGAAAUCUCUAAGGAGAUUUUUACAACUCCAGAUCUUCUUGUCCUCUCCCAACGGCUUGACCAGUCAGCAUCUGAAAUUCUUCGGCUGAUGUGUUCGUCUUUGACACUUGAACCUAACUUAAUACGACAGAAUGCCGUUCUUUGUAUGCUACAAACAUGGGUCAAGCAGGGAGGAAGAAGGCAGAGGCUUCUCGAAAUUGCCCAUGCUUUCCAUUUCAACGAUGCUGCCAAAAAUAUUGGAAUAGCAAUGGAUCACCACCCAGGCUUCUUGGAUCACCAUUCGCAUGGGAUGAUUGGUCAUGAUGGUGGUGAGUUGAAGCUAGAUGAACCUGAUAUCAGAAUAUCCAUCCCUCCAGGAGCAAUCCCCAAAGGAAUGGCAUCAGUUGUUAUCCUUACCGUUCCAAGACGAAGUUCACCGAAGUUCCCUAUGGGAAAUGGAGAGAUUCUCAUAACACCAAUCAUCCAAUGUUCGUUCUUUGAAGAACUUCUCAAACCUGCUUCUAUUUCUCUUCCUUACUGCGUCACUUCAGAGCGAUGUGAAGGGGAUAAAGAUGUGGUGUGCUUUAAAUUUUAUACCAAAUUAAAACCAGGUACAUUUGGAUACAGGACUUUAGCCCCACAGACAUCGAGUUUCAAGAUCACGGAAGACAAGAUUGAGUUUUCUACGUGUCAUCUUCAGUUAUGUGCAUUGUCAUCAACAAAUGUCCAUGGUGUUCAAUUCACAUGUACGGUGUUUCAUACUUACUGUUCCCAAAUACCGAGACUCUGUGUUCGUGUCGCUCACCCCUACAGCGAAUACCUUACAGACGUCAGCAAACGUCACGAGACUCUGUCAAAAGAGUCAUAUCAAGAAACGACUGUUUUCAAAUUCAAUCUUCAAUCAUCGGAAGAUGAAAUCAAGCUUUGGUGUCUGUCAGACUUACAGACGGGCCAUGAAACGGUUCCUGUUCAUUGCCUGCUCGUCGGAGGAUGCCAUUCCUGCACCUUUGAUCUACCGCCCUCUACAGCAAAUGAGAGAAAAGUUAAAGCAUGUCUUCGUAUUAACCAGGGUGCAUCAGUGCUCACAGAACAUCAAAUUACAAUCUCUAAAGAAGCUGAACCAGACUAUGCCAUCUCCCCCACACGAGACAGAAAGAGGUUUGCAUCAAACAACAUACUACAGGUCCUGUCCGAUUUGGUAUGUGAGAUUAAGGAUGCUCGGGAACUUGGCUACAAACUUGGUUUCUCUUACUCAACGGUGGAGAAAUACUUGGUCAGAGCAGACUCCUCGGCUAGGAGUGUCUCAAGAUCGGGUCUUCGAGAAAUGCUAGAGCAUUGGAGACGGCAUGUCCGACCCAGUGAGCAGGUUGAGAAACUCCAAACUUGCCUGGGAGCUGUUGGCUUAAGACAUGAAGCUGAAAUCCUCUUUGACAAAAAUUAGUCUUAGGUCCAUUUCUGACAUCUUGUUCUCCGAAUAUGGACAAACUUUUUCAAUUCAAUUCGAAAAUUCAAUUAAAAUUCAAUUUAUUUCAUUCAAAAUUAAAACAAUUACGAGGUAAAAAUAUAUGUACCAUAAAAUAGAAUGUGGAGAUAGCUUGGAAGAAUAUUUAAGUCUUAUGAAAUUCUGCAACCAAAAUAGGUUCAUAUCACCUAAGGCCACAGCACACCUUGCGACUGGUCUAUGAUCCGACUUUGGAAGAAAAAAAAUCGCAUUUUCCUCAUUUUGUAAAAACGUGAAUGAAAAGUAUAUUUUUAUUAGAAGAAUAGUAAAAUAGCAAUUGUGGAUGAUUUCAAGCCUUUACUUUUGAGUAAAGGCCAAAUUAGUUUCAAAUCGUCGCCAGUCGUCUGAAUACUAUAACAUCAAUACGACCAGAUAUUGAAUUCGUUUUUAUAUUAAUAAAAUAGCAAAGUCACAGAUUUGAACAUAGGUGUUUGUACGAUGAUUGAUAAAAUAACACAGUAAGAUAUUUCAUGUCUCCAUAUUAACAUCAAAUGGUACUACGUUUUACUCCAAAAUCGGGUAGCAGACAAAUCUGUACGCGGUAGCCUUAAAAGUGUAAAAGCACCGAGGCAUCGUAUUUGUUCUGUAUCAGUAUAGACUCUUUGAUUAUAAGUAUGUAGGCCUAGUUAACAUUGUUUCCCUUCAUAUGAAAAAAAAAACACCAUUUGCAUAUAGACACAUAAUUGAUCAUGUCAGGCCAAAGUUUUUAUUCCUCUUAUUUGUCCAGUAAAAAUAUGGUUUUUAAACUCUCAAUACAAAAUAUUUAAGCUAUUAGAAUAAGUGUGUAAUAUUGUUAAAAUUUACAAUUAGAUUUGAAUUAAGCAUUUGAUUUCUCUCCUGGGUGUAACAUAUAAAAACAAUGACGUAUAUAUUUACUUUAGCUCUAUAUUCUUAUUUCAGUCGUCAUGUUUUUCAACUGUACAUAUGUUUUAGUGAUAAAAACAGCCCAUACUGAACAAGGAUAUACUAAUCUUGUUUUGAUAGUGUUAUAUGUUAUAUAUUGUUUGGUAUGUCGGUAUAUACAUUUAUAAUCUCCUUGCAAAGUUAUAAUAGUUUUUAUGAUUUUAUUUCAAAUGUUUAGAAUAGUCUAAUGGACGUUUGAAAAAUUUGCUCUGAUACAUCAGACAUAAUUAAAAUACAAACUGUGUUCUAUGAUAUUAAAAAAAGAUAUAUUAUAAGUUUAAAAAUAUAUAUUAUUCAAUUCAUUAAAACCUGAGAAAUGAUCGUUGUUCAUAUUAUAUUCAAAAUGUCAUAAGAUUAAAACUUACGAGCGUUUCAUUCAUUGCAUUUGAUAUGGGAAAUUAAAUACAUUAUUGUUAAGUUGCUAUGACAACUAUUUAAUAUGGGCUUAUGUCUAAUUGUUUUAAAGAUAAUAACGGUGUUUCUGUUAAUACAUGCAUAUUCUUUCUAGAUAAUAGAGACAACGCAAUGUAAAUAACUCCAUUCUAUAUGACUAUCAUUUAACCAUUAGGCCUAAAAGCCACCUGUAAAUUUCACAGGCCGAAGUUUUCUUUUAUCCCCCCCCCCCUUGUAUAGAACUGGGGAACAUGUACGUGUCUAUCUAGUUAUUCGAGUAGGGCUGUAGAUAUAUGUUUUCAAUUUGAGAACUGCCAUGCUUAUAUUAGUUUUAUUGCAUUUUCCUCAUUGUUACCAAUGAAUGAAUUCUGUUUAGGAUCUUCUUCUACAAAUUAAAACUCAUUACUGGUCCAUAUAAGUUUACAUUUAUACCCUUCUAUGCAGUACAUGUACAUACAGUAUAUAGUAAAUUACUAUCAUGUAAAUAGAUACAUGUAUUUAAACCAAUAGUGUAUACAUAAUUUGCUUCUAUACGAAUACAUGAUAGUAUAGUCAUCAACAUGCUACUAUAAUUAUAUUUCUUGGUUUUAGUCUUUUUUAAACGUAGAGCCCCCAAAUAUGAAUGAAUAAAAAAAAACAUAAAAGCUACACUUGCUUUCUCAUGUUUUUAUUAACUACACGAACAAGGAGCUGCGAUUUGUGUACAUAACUGUUACUUACAUUUAUAUACGCGAUGCAACGUCAUUACUUCAUUCAUUACUCUCUAACAAAUGGUUUACCAAAUAGGCCUAUUGGGUAAAAUGGGAAUAUGCAUGUUGGUUGGGUAAAACAAUAUAAAUAUUUUGUAAAUUUUACGCAAUGUUGCGUUGAAAUUGCCCAAAAUGGGUUUAAAAAAUACACAGCAAACAUGCAUGUUCCCUUUCUACCCAAUAUUGGGUAUAAUAUUUUACUCAGUGUUUAUAAAGUGUAAGAAUAUAUUCACACAAGAUAACAUGUCCAGAUAAACUCUUUUUUUUUAGCAUGGUCCUGUUAACAUGAAUAAGAUAUGAGCAGUAUCUUCAAUGCUAGAAAGCGCAUUAUUUCAAAUCCAUUUAAGCAUAAUUUUAGGUUUAAGUAUCUUAGCGAACAAAAUAAUUUAUUCAAUAUCUUGAUUUACUUUCUCUAUAUAUUUUGUAUAUUAGGUAUUCUUGUUUCCUAUGUCAUGUAUGUUGUAAGAAAGUAUCUCGGUAACAGAUGAAUGUUUUGUACAUGUAUAAAUCUAGAAACACUUGUAUUUAAAAAAGGCUUGAUAC